AGCUAAAUUAGCAUUGAACUUUGUGAUCAAAUGAUUUGUGCUUCUAUCAGCAUGGAUCUUUUGAGCAUACUGUCAAUACUUUUAUCCUUGGCUACAUUGGUUUAUUCUCAGAAUUUUGAUGUGACAAAGUAUGGAGCAACUGGAGAUGGAAAGUCAGAUGACUCACAAGCUUUUAUUAAGGCAUGGAAAGAUGUUUGCGGUUCAACAUCAAAAAAUCCUACACUCAUUAUUCCAGAGGGCAAGACGUACUUACUAAAUCCUAUUAAGUUCGAAGGCCCUUGUAAGUCUGCUGUUGCGGUUCAGAUUGGAGGUAAUAUCGUUGCACCUAGUAAUAGCGAACCAGUUUGGAAGGAAACUGAAUCAAAAAGAUGGAUUGCCUUUUCAAAUGUUAAAGGACUAGAAGUAAGUGCAAAGGGCAAACUUGAUGCCAGAGGAGCUGAUUGGUGGAGGACUUGUCCAGAUAUGAAAGGCUGCAACAGACCAACUACCCUAGAAUUUGGUGGUUGUUCUUCCUUUCGGGUGCACGGAUUAACCUCUGUCAAUAGUGGACGAAACCAUAUCUCUAUAAGCGGUUGCAACCAAGGAACCUUAAGCUCCAUCACUCUUAUUGCCCCAAAUGAAAGCCCUAAUACUGAUGGCUUUGACAUUGCCUCAUCAGAAAAUAUUGAAAUUCUCGAUAGUAACAUUGGAACUGGUGAUGAUUGUAUUGCAAUUAACAAUUAUUCCUCUUAUAUCAACAUCACUGGAGUGGCAUGUGGUCCGGGCCAUGGCAUUAGUGUUGGGAGUUUAGGAAUAAAUGGAGAAGAAGCUAAAGUUGAAGAAAUACAUGUAAAAAACUGUAGUUUCAUUGGAACAGAUAAUGGAGCAAGGAUCAAAACAUGGCAGGGAGGGAAAGGAUAUGCUAGUAAGAUCUCAUUUGAGGAAAUUGAAGUCACCAAUUCUUCCAAUCCAAUCAUUAUCGAUCAAUAUUAUUGCCCUCAUAGUGUUUGCGACAAUCAAACCAGUGCCGUUACGAUAAGUGAUGUUACAUUCAGAGGCAUCCGAGGGACUGUCAGAGGAGAAAAUGCAAUUAACCUACACUGUAGCGAAAAAGCAGCUUGCACCAACAUUUUGGUAGAAGACAUCAACUUAAAUUCUCUUGUUCCAGACAAGAAAGCUUAUUCCUCUUGCACCAAUGCUUAUGGAAGAAGUUCUCGUUCGACUCCACCAAUUGAAUGUUUGUUAAAACAACAGCUUAAAAGCUUUUUCUUUUGGCAUUGGUGAAGAUAUCAUUGUUUUCCACAAGUCUAACAACCAUCAAAAAACUUGUAUCCAUGCAAACUUUAAAAUAAAAAGUCAUACAUAAU